AUGACGGAGCCAGGCCGUAGAGAUCUUACUCAAGGACCCUGGUAUUGUGACUGGAACUGGUGUAGGAUCAAGUUCACCGAUCCGAAUGAGCUAGGAAAACAUGUGAUGGAACAUAUAGACGACGACUACACGGCCGGACUCCUUGCAUGUCGGAAGUCAGAUGCAGAUCGCCUACGCCGUACCCUGGAAGGACUUGACAGUGUGAGCUUGAACUUGCAGGACAGUCAACCUCAAUCUCAGUCGCAGUCUGUCAAAGAUGGUGCAGUGAAUAGACCGGCAGGCAAUCGAUCGACAACGGGACUGAUUGCUGCUCCCCUACGGGCCCGAAGUCGUUCGCGCGAUGAUAGCGACGAAGAAGGACGGCCUCACAAGCGGAUGCGUCCGUCGUUCGCGGACGUUGAUGCUGGGUCUUCCCCAGAUGCGGAGAUAGCAUCUUUACCAGACUCACCAGAUAUCUUUGCUCAACCUCCAGACUCCAAUCUUAAGCACCUCCCUCCGUCGCCUUCCCCUGCUGCUGUAGAUCUGACUGCGUCUCCGGGACCCUACAAGUCGAAGCGGCCAUGGCUCUUACCCGGUUUAACAAGCUCUAUACCAGAACCACGGCCGUCGACGACCCAAGAGCGGCUAUCUAAGGAAGUGAAUUCUUUGUCGCACGAGCAGCCCAUCGUUCCCGCGGACCCUUUGCUCAUUGGCUCGCAUACUCAACCCCAAUCACACGGCGACAAUGGAUAUGGCGAAUGGAUGGAUGAUAUUAUGAGCCAAGCGCCGUUCUACCACGUAUGA